AUGCUUUCGCUGUUAGCGCUAGUGAGGGUUGAAAAUCGGGAUCCGUCGACGUUUCCCGACAACAUUUACGAAAGAGCCCAAGCACAUGUCUAUCGACUGAUGGAAAAGGACUGCUUCUCACGUUUCGUGCACACACCAGCUUACAAAGAAGUGGCCAAGAAGAUGGGUCUACCGCAAACGUUUCGAUUCAACUCUGAAAAAAUUUCACCGGCCUGUUGA